UCUCCUAGUCCAAGAAGCGAAAAUAAGUGGCGUCAAGAACUCACAAUACACCGGAGAAGUCUCUGAAGAAACGCAACUUGUUUGGCGGAGGCGCGGAGCAGAGGAGGGCGCGGAAUAUCACGUAUUCAAGUACACCUUAAGGAGUGGAUUUCACGAUCGAGGAAGUUGUGCCAAAAAAUUGAAUAAUAUGCAUCAGGCGAUGAACAUGAGUAGAAAUCGUAAUUGUACUAUCCUGUGGGACAACUUAAAAAAGGUAGAGGGUAUAUCUCAUGGCAUGGGAACGAAAACGCUCCGAGUGAGCGUGCUCAUGUUGUUGGACGCCAUCUUGAUGGGCGUGGUGGUGGUUAUAGGCGCCUACGCGCCGCGGUAUCGCCGACAUCCAGUGAUCGGUGCAGUCUUUAUGGGAGCCAUCACUUUGUUCCUCCCCAUCGUUUCCAUCAUCGUCACCAACAUCGAUAGCGUUCAUGACCUCAUCCAAUCUUUACUCAGAGAUGUUCGAUGCAAUGAUAAGUCGCACCUCAACCUGGUCUUUGCAUGGACAGGAGUUGUGGUAGCCAUUGGUGUCAGCGCAAGUGCAGUAGUUGCUGGGGAUGCAAGAGAAGGUAGAAACAUCGCCCCACCUACAAUACUGUUGGUUAAAGCAAGCUGGAGUGCAUACCUCACAUUCUCAACCCUGUACUACCCGAGGAUUAGUCUUAUUCAACUAUUUGUUGUUAUGUUUGCUAAACUGCUUUUGAAGUACGCCGCGUUUUACAUGGCGCAGCGAUCUUUUGCACUCGGACGCAGUCCUCGUCUGAUUGCCGGCUACAUGGCUCAGCUUACAGACACAGCACCACCUGCCCCGGCUCUUAUAUUUAUGGGAGAGGAUAAAGUGCAGGUGGAGGAGCAACCGCAUGGUUACAACUUUAAACAGAUGCCCGACGACAACCUGGUGACAUUAGACCGAGUUUGGGGGUUAGAUGACAGGGACAAAGAUCUGUGCUAUGCAUUCGCAUUGUUCAAGCUGCUACGAUGUCGGUUCGCAAAGUACACAGUUUCUGAGGCCGGCUUCAUCAAGACCAGUGAGUUUUUCAGGAACACAUUACUUCAGGAUGAUGGUCAUUAUGGGAGAGUGUUUCGGAUAAUUACAGAUGAGCUUUCAUUCAUCAAUGAUUAUUAUUAUUCAUCCCUGCCAAUCUACUAUUCCCAUCCUCUGCUUCCUGCCUUUGGCGUCACGCUGUCAUUGUGGAGCAUCGGUUCCUGUUUAUGGCUAAUUGUGGACAUGAUGACACAAGGUUUAUUCAUUUAUGGAGACAGUGGCCAGAUAAACUGUUGGGUGAACUUAUUGAACACGCAAGAUUGUGGAUAUAACACAACUGUUUUUGGACCUUAUGGAGUGCUGCUUAGAGUCGGGAGUUUGUACUACGACAUAGUACCUUUAUAUCUAGCCAUCGCAGUGCUUGUGUUUGCAGAGGCGAGAGAGAUCGUUUCCUACGUCUGUUCCAACUGGUCUAAAGUAGCCCUCAUUUGCCACCAUGUCAAUCAAGCUUGUUGGCAGCGAUCCCGUGUUGUGCAGAAAUGCAUUUGCUCCCUGUUGAAGUAUCACAAAUGCGAUAAGCUGGUGAACAAUUGGGAGGACAAGAUGAAACAGUGUUCAAUUCUUGUGCUCCGCCCAAGGAAAACCCCUCUUCUUCUACACCGGCUCCUACGUUCAGUAGGCAGAGGGAAAAAGGUUGAGGUACAAAGUACUGUGAAGGACGCCAUCUUCAAAGCACUUAAAAACCAUGGAGCUGUCUCGUGCAUUGGACCACCGCCAUCUCCGGUUCCUCUCUCACAAGAUGUUUGCAGUGGCAGACAACCAGGUUACACCAUACUGGUCUGGCACAUCGCCACAAGUGUGUUUGAGGUGUUCUAUCAAAACAAAACAAGUGUGCUUGAGGUGAUGAGCCAGCUCCCACAGCCGUCCGAGUCCGACCACAAGACUGUCGCCACUCACCUGUCGCGCUAUUGUACCUACUUGGUGACCAGUCGCCCUGAGCUGCUCCCUGACGAUGCUGAAUGGUGCCGCAAGCUGUAUGAUCAGGUGAAGAAAGAUGCCGACCGCCGUGUCCUAGCCAAGGUGCAGGGAGUAGACCUGUAUGAUGUGCUGCGUGCACACGACAACCAUGAGGUCCUGAGGGAUGGCGCGAGGCUCGGGAAGAAACUGGUGGACGACUCGUCGACCAAGGGAAAGGGAUGGGAGAAGCUGGCCUGCUUCUGGGUGGAGAUGAUCCUGUACGUCGCCCCAUCGGAGAACUUGGAAGCGCAUGCGGAGGCCAUUUCGCAUGGCGGCGAGCUGAUCACCCUCCUCUGGGCAAUGCUCGCACACGCCGGGAUCACCGGUAGGCUAGACGAUGCUGGUGCCGCAGCAGCUGCUGAAGAAGAGGGGCUUGCUGAGUGAACAUGUGCUAUUUCUAUCUGCUGAAUAAUUGUUGGGUGUGGUGACACCUAACGUACUAAAUUUGGUUUUCUUCCCACACAUAUCUACCGCCAUUGUAAUAAGUGUGCCUGCUUCCCGCCACACCAAAUUCCGGGGCUAGUUUCCUUUUGUUGUCCACAUAUACUGAUGUAUGUAUAUGUAUGUACGUAGUACAUGUGAUACCCAGACUUCUAGUUAUUUUGAUAUGGUUGUCUC